GCGAAGAUACAUUGCAGCGUCCCUUCUCGCGAACGAACGAAGCAGAAAUAGUGCCACAGGAUUUCUGGAGACUUAUCCUAGCGAUCAAUUUUACUUAAAAGAAAAGGGCAGACCCAGUCGUUCAAGAAUUUACGCCAUCUUGAGUCUAUUGUGUCUUCGUUACAAUAGCGAAGUCGCAGUGAAGCAACGACGACGCCGGUUUAAAUUUUCCCAGUCAAUUUUCUCACGAUGGCACGCCUGAAUGUUACCAGACUAGUUGAUUCAGCGCGGCAAACGGAGCUAGAAGGCAGCGCCGGCGCUACGCGUCGGCUUCCCUUUCAUUUCCUUUUGGGACGCGAAGGUGAGUGGUUCUCGCGUUUCUUUCUCCAAGUCUUCAAUGUCCGCAGUCGUUUCGUUCUUCCAUUUUCAUAUAAAUGUUCCGUUCGAUCGUCACAAAGUACGCUGGCAAAUUAAAAAAGGUUCGUAGAAAGAUACGAUAGGUUAGUCGUUCGUAAAAUCGUGACUACGAGUUCCGGGAAAAUGGCUGAAUCAAUGGAGAAUAGCGUUGGCCACGUGGCGAAGCAUCUUACUCCGAAAGAGAUCGAGAGAAUGGAGGCGCAAAAUUCGCGUUUAGUUACGGAAUUUCGCGCUAAUCAACUCGAAAAGGAUUCUAAAAAACACUGGGAUUUAUUUUAUAAACGAAACGACACGAGAUUUUUCAAAGACAGACAUUGGACGACCAGAGAAUUCAACGAAUUGAUGGGCAUGGCUACCGAAGCGAAUCCGAACGUCCUUUUGGAGGUCGGUUGCGGUGUGGGAAACUUUAUAUAUCCUUUGAUAGAAGAUGGAUUAAAAUUCAAGAAAAUAUUUGCCUGUGACCUUUCACCCAGAGCAGUGGAAUUAACAAAGAAUCAUGCGUUGUACGAUCCACAUACUAUGCAUAUUUUUCAAACUGAUAUUACAAUGGAAAAUUGUUUCGCUGAUGUGGAUUGUCCCGUAAAUGCAGCCACGUUGAUAUUCGUAUUGUCCGCCAUACAUCCGAAUAAAUUUCAGAAAGUUGUGGAAAAUUUAUAUAAUAUUCUUGACAAUAAAGGAGUUGUGCUUCUAAGAGACUAUGGGCUCUAUGAUAUGGCACAAUUGAGGUUUAAGCCUGGUCACAAAAUAAGUGAAAAUUUUUAUAUGAGACAAGAUGGAACAAGAACAUAUUAUUUCUCUGUAGAAGAAAUUUCAAAUCUAUUUGAAUCUAUUGGCUUUAAAACCUUAACAUGUGAUUAUAUACAGAGACGUACAAUAAAUUUGAAGGAAAAUAUUGAUGUACCUAGAGUUUUUGUCCAAGGGAAAUUUGAGAAAUCUCAAUAAUCUUGAUGUAAUGGAAACAUCACGAUCGGAUCGGGAACACCGGAAGUUAAAGAUUACCGGCACAUUUUGGUUACCGAUGAUCAUUAACGAUGCUCUUGAGACACGUAUAUAUAUGUAUAUUGAUCGAACGUAGUAGAAGCAGUAUAAUUUUUCGAUGAGAAUUAUUAUUUGGGAGACACAAGUUGAAUGAUUUCAACCAAAGAUCGACGCCAUCGGCUGGAGAAGAUACCAUGGGGAGCAUAUUUGAUUGCACUCAAUACAAUCUUGUACAUACAUAUAUAAUAAAUAAAGUAUCGUUAGAAAUACA